AUGGCCGCUUCUCGCAUUCACGUUGAUUUUCCUCUUCAAGUCCUCAUUCUUGUGGCUGUAACACUCGCAGUGUCGCGUCCUCUUGUAGCGGGGACAAAUGCACCAGCCUCUUUCCCUGCGGAUGCGACUCGGGAAUAUUUGCGUCCGCGCCUGUCCGUGGCGCACAGGAAGCUCGCCGCCGAGACUGGCGCCGAAGCUUUCGCCGAAAUUCCUGCCGUGACGUCCGGCGCAACUCGCGCCGCGAAAUCCGGUCAUUCCGCCGCAGCAGCAAGAGCAGAGCACGCCGCGGAGGCAUCGACCGAUAUCACAGCCGGUUAUAAUGCGAAUGCGGAGUUUCCGGGCCGUCGAGACACGACAGCAACACAAAAGGGAGCAGAUGCAACUGAAGCUGCUGUCGUGGACACGUGGCAGCGUGUAACUGGCUCCGCGGCAGUGGGAGGGGAUCGGCGAAUCAUGGCAGAGGGGGAGGCGCGAAAGGGAACUGUCUCACGGUGGUUUGGACUGAAGCGAGAUAGUGGAGAAGGGAAGGGGCGGAAGGAGACGGGUGCGACGGGAACUGGGACAGGUGAAGGGGAGAGAAUGGGAGUGAGGGAGGGAGUGAGGAUGGGGGUAAGGAUGGGGAGAGGUAAUGCUGCGGGUAAGGGUGAGAAGGCAGAGGGAGAGGCGGAGGAGGAGGAGGAGGAAGAGGAAGAGGAGGAAGGGGAGGAGGAAGGAAAGGAGGGGGUUGGGAGUUUAGCCACGGGAGGGAGCGGCCUUGGGAGUAUCCGGGAAGGUGGUGGCGGAGUGAAAGCUGGAGGUGAUGGUGUUGAAGAUGAUAAUAGGGGGGGGUUUGGUGUACGAGGGGUUGCUAGUGAGAGUGGAAAAGGGCAGGAGGCGAAGGAAGAGGAGGAAGAGGAGGAAGAAGAGGAAGAGGAAGGGGAAGGGGAAGGUAAGGAGGAGGAGAUGGCAGCGGGGAAGACGUCUCAAGGCAAGCAAGGAGGCACGGCCCUUACCACAAGAGGAUCUGACGCAGCUGGGACUGCUGCUGUAGCGGCUACAGCUGCUGGCACCGGUAGCACUUUCUCUUCGCUGCAAACUGCUGCUGGUAGUGCGGUGAAGAAGGGGAAAGUGGAAGAGGAGGAAGAGGAGGAAGAGGAGGAAACAGGGACGAAGACGUCUCAAGGCAAACAAGGAGCCACGGCCCUUACCACAAGAGGAACUGACCCAGCUGGAGCUGCUGCUGUAGCGGCUACAGCUGAUAGCACUGGCACUGGCAGCUCCUUCUCUCCACUGCAAACUGCUGCUGGCAGUGCGGUGAAGAAGAAUGCGGAGGAGGAAGAGGAGGAAGCUGAGGAGGAGGAGGAGGAAGAGGAAGAAACAGGGGCAAGGACGUCGCAGGCAAAGCAAGGCGCCACAGCCCGAGCCACACCCAUUACCACAACUGGAACCGACACAGGUGGGGCUGCUGCGGUAGCGGCUACAGCUGCGGGCACUGGCAGCUCUAUUUCGCCGAUGCGAACUGCUGCUGGCAGUGCGAUCAAGGAUACGAAAGAGGAAGAAGAAGAGGAGGAGGAGGAGGAGGAAGAGGAGGCAGACGCAGAGGAGAAAACAUCAGUAGCCAAGAAAGCAUUCAUGCCUCGUACCACAGUGGGAACUGACGCAGCCGGGGCUGCUUCUGUGGCGGCUACAGCUGCUGGCACUGGCACUGGCACUGGCAUUAGCACUGGCACUGGCGGCUUUGGUUUUCCACUGCAAACUUCUGGACGCAGUGCGGUCAAGAAGGAGAAGGAAAAAGAGGAAGAGGAAGAAGAAGAAGAGGAGGAGGAGGAGGAAGAGGAGGCAGAGGAGAAGACGUCCCAAGCCAAGCAAGGAACUGCCACAAAGGGUGCAGAUCUAUCCGGUACAGGUGCUACUCGUUUUGAAACGCCUCAGCUCACCAAAGGCACAGAAUUGUCUGGUGCAGGUGCGAUUGGGAAGGAUAAAGAGGAUGAGGGAGAGGAAGAGGAGGAGGGAGAGGAAGAGGACGAGGAAGAAAAAGAAGAAGGGUCAGGAGGAAGAGGCACAGCUGCUGUUGAUGUUGGAAGAAGUGGGUUAACUGCUGGUGGGGCCUUUCCCGGUGGCACUCUUCCAUCUGGCAGUAGCGAAUCAGCUUAUACGGGAGCAACCAGCAGCUUUGAAUCUGGGAGUAGUGGCAGAGGAGGUGGUGGUAGCGGUGGGGAUCCUGAUGAGGUGGAAGGGACGAGCGUGGUGGGUAAGGGGCCUCCAGAGACCAGCUCUUUUGCUGCUGCGACUGGUGCUAGUGCUGCUACUGCUGCUACUGGUGCUGGUGCUGGUUAUACUGGCACUGGUGGUGCUGGUGGUGUUGCUAGUGGUGCUAGCGGUGGUGCUGGUUCGGGUGCUGGUUCCCGUGCUACUUCUUCUGGGUUAGUUUCUGAUGGUGCUGGUGGUAACAAGGCAGGGAGGGCAGAAGAUGAAGAAGAGGAGGGGAGUGAGGAGGAAGAGGAGGAGGAGGAAGAGGAAGAAGAGGAGAAGAAGAGGGUGAAGGAGAGAGGUGGUGCAGGGGUAACGUCUGGAGGUAAGCUGUUGGGUGGGCGGGCAAGUGAAGGUGCGGCUUCAGCUGCUGGUUUUGAUGAUGGCUUGGCGAAGCCUGGGGCAACUGACGGCUUAAAACGGACUCAAACGAGAGAUCCACGAUCAAGUGCUAGUGCAAGUGGAGGUAAGGACACGGAGGCAGCAGCUAAGAGUGGUAGCAGUAAGGCAGACGAUGAGGAGGAGGGUGAGGAGGAAGAGGGAGAAGAGGGGGAAGAGGAAGAGGAAGGGAAGGCAGAUGGGAAGCAGGAGGAGAGAGUUGGGACGAGGGAGGAGGGAGUGAGAGGUGAAAGGGAGGGUGGAGGGGGGAGUGGAGAGUGGGGGAAGAAGAGUGGAAGGGGGGAGGUGGGGGAUGAAGGCACGAGUAUGGAAGGGGUUGGGCGAGGGGGCAGGGAUGGUGCUGUUGGUGAGAGAGGGGAGGACGAAAGGGCAGCGACAGGUGGGAUUCCUGUGAGAGGAAAGGGGGUUGGAGGGCAGAAGGGAAAGGAGCAGGGUGAGGAAGAGGAGGAGGAAGGAGAGGAGGAGGGGGAGGAAGAGGGAGAGGAGGAGGAGAAGAAAAGUGUGGGGAGAAAGGCUGGUGGGGGAAAGGUGAAAAAGGGAGCGUCAGGAGGAAGAGGAGAAGCAGGGGAGGAGGAAGAGGAGUCUCAGGAGAGGGGUGACGAGUCAGAAGGGAAGGAAGAAGAGGAAUCAGAAGGGAAGGAAGAAGAGGAAUCAGAAGGGAAGGCGUCAAUGAGGGGUGGGUUUACAAAGGCAGGGCAGCAGCAGUCGCGGGCAGAGCAGGUGGAGGGAGAUAGUGAGGUGAGUGAAGCUGCUGCUGCCGCUGUUGCUGCUUCUUCUGGCGGUGUUGAUGGUGCAAGGGAGGGGAAGGUGAGGAGAGGAACUGGUGGAGAAGAGGAAGGGGCGAUGGGGGAGCGGAAGGGCGGGAAAGGCAAAGGAGGAAGUACAGGCCAGGAUGAGGAUGAGAGUGAGGAUGAAGUGUCGGAGGAAGAGGAGGAAGAAGACGAGGAGAGUGGUGAGAGGAAGAAGAGAGGGCCAGAGGAGGAAGCGGUUCGCGGGAAGAAGGGAGGGGAGGAGGAGGAAGAGACGGGAAGUGACGAGGAGAGAGAAGAGAAGGGAGACGGGAAGAGAGGUGAGGAGGGUGGGGGCGUUGAGAGCAGAUUAGCUGGGAAGGGAAAGCGGGAGGCCGAGGAGGGGGAGAGGGAUGGGGUGGAGGAGAGAGAGGAGGAGGAGGAGGAAGGAGGAGGAGCUAAAGGUGGCAAAAAGGGAGGAGAGGUGCGAGAAGAGGAAGAAGGACGAGGGCGGGAGGAUGUAAGAGAGGGGGGAAGGGGCGAGGGAAGGGAGGAGGAAAGGGAGGAGGAAAGGGAGGAGGGAACGGAGGAGAGAACGGAGGAGGGGAGGGAGGAGGAAAGGGAGGAGGGUAGAAAGGAGGGAAGGGAGGAGGAAAGAAGGGAGAAAAGGGAGGGAGAGGGUGGUGGUCUUCAUUAUAAGACAGGUGGUGAGCGUGAUAGUGGUGGCGAUGGUGGUGGUGAUGGGGGAGGGGAGCGUGAGUGGGGAAUGAGAGGAGGCGAGGGUGGAGGAGGAGGGGAAGGUAUGGGAGAAAGAGGAGAAGGAAUGGGAGAAGGAGGAGGAGGGGAUAUUGAUGAUAGAGGAAUGGGGAGAGAUGCUGGGGACGAUGAGAGGCAGCAAGGGGAGGCUGGGGAAUCAGGAAUUGGAGAGGCAAAGGGAGAGCACGAGAGCAAAACUCCAGAUGGUUUUUCCUCCUAUGCUGCUGCACACGGUGACACCACCCACGGCCAGAGGGAAGGCGACCCUUCCUUCAGCCGCGCACAGGGGCAGCAAGGCAGUGAGUUUGGCAGCAGCAGUGGCGUUGGGAGGGAGACGGAGUUUAGCAGAGAACAGGGGCAGCAAGGCACCGACUUCAGCAGCAGCAGCAACAGCAAGAUGAGGGAGAAUGAGUCAGGCGGAUCACAUUGGGAGCAACGCAGUGAGCCUGGCACAGCACAGGGGGGGUUGGCAAGGCCGGAGAUGGGCAGCAGCAGCGACGUGAGUGUCCCAGACGACCAUUCCCUCGGCCUGGGGCUGGGCUUUGGGCAGGCAGUAGCAGGGGAAUAUGCGGACUGGGACGUACCUCUGCCCCAGCCCGUGCUACAGACACGGGCUCAGGCUGUAGCAGAGGGAUUCAGAGAGGCUGCAGGAAGAUUCGUGCCGAUGCUGCCUGUGGAACAGGUGAAGCGGGUGGAGGAAGCUGCCAAGAAGUUUGCCAAAGAUGGAACCAUCAUCUUUGCAGCAGCAUCGUAUGUGUACCUGCCUCUCUUCCGCAACUGGGUCACCGCUCUCAACCGCAUUGGCCUGUCUAACCACUUCCUGCUCUUCGCCCUCGAUCAGGCAAUGUACGUGGCAGUGGAGGACGCCUAUCCAGGCCACGCCAUGUGGCUUGAAGUGGCAAAUCUGACCCAGCAUCUUACACCGCGCCCCACUGCUUUCCACCACCUCGGCUCCCCGGAGUUCCUCCUCCUGGCCGCCCGCCGCCCCUUCUUCGUGCGAGCGCUGCUCAAGGCUGGAGUGAACGCCCUUUACAGUGACCUCGACACAGUGUGGCUCAAGAACCCUCUCGCCUCCUUCCCCCCUGCCCUCGACAUUACCUUUCAAGACGACUCCCACCUCUUCUCCCCCGGAGAACCCUCCCCUCUCCCACUCCCCUCCUCCUCCCCCUCCUCCUCUCCUUCCAAUUCCUCCCUUGCCAUCCCUCUCCCUUGGUCGCAAAUCGCUCGAGCAUCCCCGUGCCUGGCCCUGUUCCGCCGGACCAAGGCCACCGAAGCUGUGGUGGAGGAUUGGGCGCGGAGAAUGGCAACAGUAGACUACACCUACGCCGUGCCUAGCAGCGACGUGCCCUUCCCUCUGAGUUCCUCCUCCACUUCAGCUUCAUCCUCGUUAGAAGCCUCUCAGUUACCAGGAUUAGGAUCUGAGUCGCUUGUGAAGGACCAGCUGCCGUCAUCGCUGUCGUUUGGUGGAGCGGUAGAGAGGGCGGUAGGGGGGAGGGUGUGGUUGCAGGAGCACCAGGAGGAGGUGGUGGUUGUGCAUUGCAAUGCUGCCCGCCUGCUGCCGUUCAAGAUAGAUGCGAUGAAAGGUGCUGGCCUCCUGGCGGAGACUCUCGCGGGUGCAGCCGGAGAAGCGACCCAGGCAGCAGCCGCUGGCACUAAGGGGAACAACAACGGGUGGGGUGGAGGGGCGGAGAGCGGUUCAGAGGGGUGGAAGGAUGCGCUGUGGUCGCCAGCGAAGCUUCUGGACGCGUUCGUGACGAGCCUGUCAAUGAUUCUCGUGAGCGAGAUUGGAGACGAGACGUUCAUCAUCGCUGCUCUCAUGGCCAUGCGCCAUCCGCGCAGCAUCGUGCUGGCUGGAGCGCUCUCUGCCCUCGGGAUCAUGACGGUGCUAUCCACGGGACUGGGCCUCAUUGUGCCCAACCUCAUCUCCAGAAAGGCCACCAACAGCGCUGCCACGGUGCUGUACACCUUUUUUGGCCUGCGUCUGCUGUACAUCGCGUGGAGGGCAGACCCCAAGGAAUCUGCUGCUAAGGAGAUGGAGGAGGUGGAGGAGAAGCUAGAGAGCGAGGAGAACGACAAGGGCAGGCACAGAGGCAUUCGCAAGUUCUUUGCUGGCUUCUGCACGCCUGUAUUCCUUGAGGCCUUCAUCCUCACCUUUCUCGCCGAGUGGGGCGAUCGCAGCCAGAUUGCAACCAUUGCUGUAAGUCCCAGGGAGGGAGGAGGAGGGGGGGUGCUUUGCGUCCCUUACAGGGGGGGUGCUUUGCGUCCCUUAGAGGGGGAAAGCUUGCUGUCAGGGGUGCUGACGAUGGUUGUUGAGCAGCUGGCAGCACACAAGAACGCCUUGGGAGUGACAGUGGGGGCGACCCUGGGCCAUGUGGUGUGCACCACCAUUGCAGUGGUGGGUGGCAGACUGCUUGCCCUGCAAGCCCCGUCGCGCUGCCUGCUGCACGCCUUCUCGUGGUCGUCGCAUGAAUCGGGAGGAGGAGGGAUCAACGGCAGGUGGUAUGACGUUCUGGCGGAACGAGUGGGUGAUUUCAAGGCGAUGGGUUUCUCGGAUCUCGUUUUCCCGCCCUGUUGCAAGGCUGCUGAUGGACCAGGUUUCUCUCCAGUGGACUUUUACGACCUCAAUAGCGCGUACGGAACAGAGGCCAGCCUGCGGAAGCUGCUGGCGCAGCUGCACGCAGCAGGGCUGGGCGCGUGCCUGCACGUGGUGGUGAACCGGAUGGGCGGAUGGGGGGAUACGAGCGGAUCGGAGCAGCAGCAACAGCAACAGCAGCAGAUGGGUGGGGUGCCAGGGGGAGUAGGACCCGGCGAGCCAGGGCUGUCAGAGUGGAACCGACUCACCAACACGGUGGACGAGCCUGCAGUGUGGCGGCAGGGAGAGCAGGAGGGCAUUGACGUGCAGGCAUCAGCGGGAGCGAGGAGCAGUGUGAUGGACCAUGGGAACCCGGCAGUGGAGGAGGACUGUAAGGGGUGGCUGCGAUGGCUGCGAUACGACGUUGGCUUCGAUGCGUGGUGUUUCGACCUCGCACGUGCCUUUGAUCCUGCAGUAGCCCACUCGUACUGCUGGGAUACGAGCCCCACGUUUGCUGUCGCUGAUGUGUGGAUGGAGAUGCGGUAUCAGGGAAGCACUCUCGAAUAUGAUCAAGACGCCCAUCGAGCACUCCUUGCUGACUGGGUGAAGGCAGCGCGGGGAACGCCUCACAUGAUCGACUACACUACAAAGGGCAUACUGCAGGCAGCGGUGCAGAAUUGCGAGUACUGGCGCCUCAUAGACCCCCAGGGCAGGCCUCCCGGUCUCAUCGGCUUGCUGCCUGGAAAGGCAGUCACAUUCGUGGACAACCACUCCACGGGCUCCACACAGCAGCACUGGCCGUUCCCUGCCUGGGGGGUCACUCUGGGCUACGUGUACAUUCUGACCCACCCGGGUGUGCCAUGUGUGUUCAUCGACCAUCUCUACGAGUGGAACCUCAAGGACCCAAUUCAGAAGCUGCUGGCGAUCCGGCAUCGCAACAGCAUCACAUCAAGCAGUGCGAUUCGCAUCAUGGCGUGCAGCACGCAACUCUAUGUGGCGCGCAUUGGCACCAACGUGAAUGAUGACAGGCUGUUCCGCGGAGUCGUUGUGAAGCUUGGUCCGUCGUUCGACAUGCGCGGGACUGCACCAG